CUCAUCCAAACCUGUUUUAUUUCAUAUUCCCUCAUAUUAUCAUAUCGUUCAGUUUUUUUGCGUUUAUCCGUUUCGGUUUGCACGGUUAACGUGCAGGAGUUUCAUCGGAACAUAUGGCGCGUAAUGGAUUUAUAUUAGGCGCUCUGUGCGCACUUUGGGCAGCGAUCUGCGCUCAGGAUGUCCAACGACCAUCCUUCAGAGAAUGUCCUGUGGAUUUAUUCUUUGUGUUGGACACCUCUGAAAGUGUGGCCCUCAGAGCUAAACCACCAGAGUUCUACAUCAACCAAAUCAAGACCUUCACUAAACUGUUCAUCGAUGAGUUGAAAGACAUGCGCCAGCCAUGUGAUCGUGAUGUUACCUGGAACUCUGGAGCGCUACAUUACAGUGAUGACACUGAGCUUGUGAUGGAGUUAGUUGACCUGAACACAAAACGGGCCGACCUGAAGGCUGCCAUUGACACAAUCAAAUACAUCGGCAAGGGAACGUACACUGACUGUGCCAUCAAGGAGGGUAUCGCCGAGCUGCUUAAAGCGGGCUCCCACUAUCAUGAGAACAAAUACAUAGUGGUGGUAACAGACGGUCACCCUGUGACCGGAUACAAGGAGCCAUGUGGUGGGAUCCAGGAGGCUGCCAAUGAGGCUCGACAACACGCCAUCAAAGUAUUCGCUGUGGCCAUCUCACCUGAUCAGGAGGACACCAGACUGUCUGUCAUCGCCACAAACCCGAAUUACAGACAAAACUUCACAGCUGCAGAUGACUCCCGCUCCACGCAAAUGUUAACCAUACAGAACAUCAUUCACACUAUCACGAACGAAACAAAAGAUGUGUGUUGCUCCUUUGACUGCAAUGCACCUGGAGGCCCCCAAGGACCCCCUGGAGAUCCAGGACACAGAGGAGAGCCUGGAAGACCAGGCAUGCCAGGAGAGAAAGGAGAUGUUGGUGCUCCGGGAAAUGCUGGUGAUCCGGGUCCAGUCGGUUACCAAGGAAUGAAGGGAGACCAAGGAAUAAGAGGUCAUAAGGGAGACAGAGGUCAUAAGGGCUUCAAGGGAGAUAAAGGAGAACAUGGUCUUGAUGGCACUGAUGGGAGGAAGGGUAAGCCAGGUUUCGCCGGUCUUCCAGGCUGCAAAGGGUCCCCGGGGCCAGAUGGCUUGCAAGGAGAACCAGGUCCUAAAGGAGAUCCCGGCCAAUAUGGACGCAAAGGAGAGAGAGGCGACCCUGGCAAAGACGGCGAGCCAGGAAGACCCGGAAACUAUGGACCUUCAGGUGGCAAGGGAGACAGGGGUCCUCGUGGUGCCAAAGGUGAUAAAGGCGAGAGAGGAGAUGAUGGUAAAACAGGGACAGAUGGACCAAGAGGAGACAAAGGCACACCUGGUGAGAAAGGUGAACAAGGUUCCCGUGGUAACAGAGGACCUAGAGGCGAGGCUGGUGAGCCAGGACCCCGAGGUGAGCAAGGACGUGAGGGAUCGGCGGGGCCAAACGGCGAACCGGGCGAGCCAGGAAGGGCAGGGUCACCAGGUUACCGUGGCGAUGAGGGUCCUGUUGGGCCAGAGGGAGCUAAAGGGCCCAGAGGAAUUAAAGGGUCCCCUGGAGACAGAGGCCUGAUCGGAGAGAGAGGAACUGAUGGGCCACCAGGAAAUGGUACUGCGGGCUGCCAUGGUUUCCAGGGUUAUCCUGGACCAAGGGGAGAUGCUGGAGAACCUGGUGGAAAAGGAACUCCUGGACCCAAGGGAGAUGAUGGCGAGCCAGGUGACCCAGGAUUAGAUAAUGACAGACCUGGACCACUUGGGCCAAAAGGAGCGAAAGGCCACAGAGGACCUGAAGGAACCCCUGGACCACCAGGACCACCCGGACCUGCAGGAGCCGAUGAAUGUGAGAUUCUGGAUAUCAUCAUGAAGAUGUGCUCUUGUUGUGAAUGCAAGUGUGGACCCCUGGACAUCGCCUUUAUUGUGGACAGCUCUGAGAGUAUUGGAGCAUCUAACUUUGCCAUUGCUAAAGACUUCAUCGUAACUAUAAUGGACAGGCUCAAAUUAGGACAGUUUGGUGUUAAUGAAUCCCGUAUUGGUGUGGUGCAGUACAGUGGCCCCAAUGCUCAGGAGGCCGUACAGCUUGGUGACCCCAACAUCAAGACCCUGACAGAUCUAAAACAGGCUGUGAAAAAUCUGCGCUGGCUGGCCGAAGCCACGUACACUGGAGAAGCUCUGCAGUAUUCACUGAGGAACAUGCUUAGCAAGCUUGUGACGGAGAGGAGCAUCGUCAUUGUGCUAACUGAUGGACGUUCAGACACUGUGAGGGACAAAGUGCCCUUGGACGUGUUGUGUGGCAAGGGCCUGAAGGUCGGUGGUGUUGGUGUGACUGAUUAUGCAGAACGGAAGCCAAAUCCAGAGCAACUUGAUAAUGUGGUUUGUAAAGAAGAUCCUAGACAAGGUUUCUCCUUUGUCCUAAACAAUUUUGGCAUGCUGCUGGAUGACACCUUUCUGCAAAACUUGACUGAGAAAAUCUGUGAAGACAAGAAAUGUCCCAACUAUACUUGUCCAAUUUCAUUUAGUAGUAACACAGAUGUUCUCAUCUUGAUGGACAGCUCGGCCAGCGUUGGCUCCAAGAACUUCGAGAUGACUAAAGACUUCACACGAAUGCUCGCUAAGCGCUUCUUGUCUGCCGAAAGGCGGGGAAUCCAAGUUCGUGUCGGCGUCGGCCAGUACAGCAACAACGCCAAUAUGGAGGCUGAGUUUUCCAGGAACGCCACACAGGUGACCGCUCAGAUCGCAGAAGCCAAAUUCCAGAAUGCAGGUACGCAGGUGACGAACGCUCUCACCUUCGCCAUCGAACGCUUCAAGGGCGGCGGGAACAGGAAGAAGAAGCUACUGGUCUUCUCAGAUGGUCGCUCUCAAGGCGUCAACAACAUCCAGAUCGAGAAAGCUGUGGAACAGGUGAGCAGUGCCGGCAUUGAGAUGUAUAUGCUGGCCGUGGGCAAUCAGGUGAACGAAGCACAUCUGCGCACCCUGGUGAGCCGAGGCCGACCCUACGACAACACAUACGCCUACCGCCAUCUUUUCAAAAAAUCUGACUACCGCUCAUUGGUCAACGGUGUCUUUUACCAAACUGUCUCACGCAAGAUUUCCCAGGACUGAGACGGCGGUCUUCUUGGGGACUGGAAAUAGAAAGGGUGAUGGGUAAAAAGAGGGGGCCAGGCAAGGAGUGCGUUAACAAACAACCUUUGAUUGUUUUAGUUUUUUGGUUAUUCUUUUUCAUGUGACGUAUCUGUAUGAGAAAUCUGAAGGUAUUUUCAUUGUCUCCGUUUCCUAUUACAAGACCGUAAAUGAUUGUUAGGUUUUUUAAAAUUAAAUAACGCCUAUUUUUAUAUCACUUUUAUAUCACACAUCAAGUCUUUUAUUCAAGGUAAAACGAGCAGUCAAGCCAUAUUACAAUGUAUGUUCAUUUUUUCAGCCGAUGUGUUUUAGUACUUCGUUGGAUUUUUCCAUUAGCAUUUGUUAUCGUUGAGGGCGCAAAAAAAUGAAUUAUUUUAGUGGUCAGAAGCUAAAAUUUCUGUGAUGAUGCAGAUAACAAUCUGUGUAAAUGUGAGGAGUUUAUCCAAUGGGAUUCAUAAUUUAAUAUUGCUAAAAAAAUAUUCAAAGAUAAAUCUCACAAUCAGUAUCCCAAAUAACUUGGUGUCUUGAAAAUAAGAUCUUUUGGACAAAGAGUUGCUCCCUUUAACUUGACAAAAACGAUAUUUUAAAAAUCUUUGCAAAAUACAUUUUCAUUACCUUCAAAAUAAAAUACUUUUUUCUUCAUUGAUCCAGUAAAAUGUUAAUUCUUGACCCUGCUUUAGAUGUUCACUUUAUUUUUUUAUCCCACAUAAUUCACUAUUCUUUGGAAUGGUCUGUGGUACACUUUCUUUACAAGUAAAACUUGAAUAUUAAUUUGGUGCUGCCAAUGUAAACUCUGGCUCCUAUAGUUAUUCAAAUGUAAAUGCAAUGCAGGUUUCUUCAAGACAGUAGCCAAAGACAUUGUUUACCAAUAGAUUAUACAUGUGAGAAAUGUAUUUGAGACCAGCUUCUGGGCUGUAUUUGAAAUAAAGGACGUUACACCCCACACUAAUGCCUCUGGUUCUGUGUUUAAAAUAAA